CGUUUAUGAAAAUGUGACAAUGUACAUGACGUAAAAUCAAAAAAUUAAUUUAUUUGGCUAGUGUUUAUAGAAUUUAUUCUAUACUAUGUUUUAAUUAAAAACUACAACUUAGUUAAUUAUAUAUAAAAUAUAUUAUCAACAUCAUGGCACGACACAGAGAUAUUAGAAAUAUGGACUAUUCAGAUGAUUAUGACGGUUACGACGAUGUUUAUGGACAUUCUAUGGAUGAUGAUUAUUUUAUAUCCCCAAGCAAUAAGCAGUUCAUUUAUAACAGAGACAUGUCACAGAGAAGUUCUGAAGGGGACAUUAAGGAAGAAGAUGAACAGGAGGCUGAAUUAUCAGAUGACGAUAGAGCCAAAUUAACUUCUUGUAUUGCUCAGAUUAAUAAAACCCUGGAGUCUGUUAACAUUUCUAGGAAUGAUUUAGUCAAUAUAAUAAUAAAAUCAAAGUUUGAUGUAGAGAAGUCUAUAAACACAAUCUUAGAAGACUCACAAUAUACAACAGCUACUGUUGAAAAAGUAGUUGCUCAGCCAGACAUAGUUCAAACUCCUCAGAUUGAACAGACGAAAGUGAUUUCUUCCACUCCGAAAACCGUUACCAACAUCACGAAGGGUUUUGAUCUGCCACAGAAAGGUAGCUUUACGCCUAGAUCUCAGUCUCCCGCUUCUGGGAAAGUUACACCUGUCAAUAACCAUACUUUAGAUUUUGGCGAGGAAGUCAAGCAAGCCAAAACCAGAGAUAGCAAGUUUGAUCCGCAGCAGCUGUACCAAAAGGAAAGGGGAGAUGAAAAGGAGCAUUUGUAUAUGGUUGUGAUUGGGCACGUGGAUGCUGGUAAGAGUACGUUGAUGGGCAGACUUCUUUGUGAAUUGGGACAGGUUAAUCAAAAGGUGAUGCACAAAUAUGAACAAGAAAGUAGAAAAUUAGGAAAACAAAGUUUUAUGUAUGCCUGGGUUUUAGACGAAACCGGAGAGGAACGUAAUCGUGGUAUAACAAUGGACGUUGGUCGAUUUCAGUUUGAAACCAAAACAAAGGCGGUAACACUGUUAGACGCACCUGGUCAUAAAGAUUUCAUUCCUAAUAUGAUCUCCGGAGCAGGUCAAGCCGACGUAGCUCUUUUGGUUGUUGAUGCGACUCGAGGCGAAUUCGAAUCCGGUUUCGAUCACGGAGGACAAACGCGAGAGCACGCUUUACUCGUACGAUCUCUCGGAGUAUCUCAACUGGCUGUAGCCAUCAACAAACUGGACACGGUUUCUUGGUCGCCAGAGAGAUUCAACGAAAUCUUAAAGAAAUUGAAGGCUUUCCUCAAGCAAGCUGGAUUCAAAGAGUCUGACGUCACGUUUGUACCUUGUAGUGGAUUGACUGGGCAGAACUUGGUCAAGAAACCUACAGAGAGUGAGCUGUUGCAGUGGUAUGAAGGGCCUUGUUUGUUGGACGUUAUAGAUAAAUUCCGUUCCCCAGAUAGGCCCAUUUCGAAGCCCUUUAGACUUUCAAUCAAUGAUGUGUUCAAGGGCACUGGUACUUCGUUCUGCGUCUCAGGAAGAAUCGAAACUGGUACAUUAAGCGUAGGCGACAAAGUUCUUGUAUGUCCCAACAGAGAAGCGGCCGUAGUAAAAUCUCUGGCGAUCGAAGAAGCCUCAAAAACGGUGGUUUUUGCAGGCGAUCAAGUCACCGUAGCGCUAUCUGGAGUAGAAAUGCAAAACGUCUCCGUCGGAAACAUUCUGUGUGAUCCUCAGAGUCCCGUUCAGGUCGCGUCGAAGUUUCUGGCCAGAAUAGUUGUUUUUAAUGUGACAGUACCUAUUACGAAAGGAUUCUCCGUGGUACUACACCAUCAAUCUUUAGUAGAACCAGUAAUUGUUAGUAAGCUGAUUUCGCAGUUGAAUAAAAGUACUGGAGAACUACUGAAGAAGCAUCCUAGAUUCUUAGGUAACAAUACAAGUGCCAUUGUCGAAAUACAAGUGUCUCGACCUAUAGCUCUUGAAUUAUAUAGCGAGUGUAAGGAAUUGGGAAGAGUCAUGCUGAGGAUUGGGGGUGUAACUAUUGCUGCUGGACUUAUUACACAAAUUAUAUUGUAAGUUUUAUUGAGUAAACAUUUUUACAUUA